CACAAUUGGCAUCUUUAUGGUAUUUGGCCUAUUUUACCCUUUGAUAACUUCUUGAGAAGAUGCUUCCAGCACCUGCAGUCUUUCAUUUCCUUUGGGAAGUCAACUCUGGUGCAGUCAAGGAGGGAGAUUCAGUGAGAACAUUUGGAAGAUUGGUGAGUUACCAACCAGAGGAAUCGAAGGCUACACUAUCUAUCCAGCAUGCAACAAGACAGCACCAAGUUGUUGUUCAGACUCCAUUUGUGGAACCCUUUGACCCCAUCAUUGGAGCCCAGUACAUAGUUCUGGGCGAGAUUGAAAAAGCAGAGGGAGGUGAUGGUGUGAUGGUCCAUGCCCGUGUGCUGAACUGUGUGGAUGGGGUGAACCUAGCCCUGCUACAGAGAGGUGUCACUGAACAGAGGAGCUACUUCAGAGAGAGGGGGGAGAGCAAGGGAGAUGCUGCUACUGCUGCUCAGCCACGUGCGCCUCUCUGACCUGGACCCCAAUAACAAUUAAUCUGUCACAACGCUGCACUGAUACAGUGCUACUGGUGGAAAGUUAUGAACCAGGUGGAAUUUAAUGACAUGUUGUAAUGUUUCUAUGACCUCAUUUAUACCUCAGAUGGAUCGUGUCAAAAGGUCUGAUUUUUUUUAUGGUUGUGACAUUUUCCCAAAUAGCUGAUUACAUGGGGAUGUUAAGAAUUAUGAGACUGUGCUUCUCGCAAAUUUAGAACGGCGAAGGGUGGAAUUGGGAUAUAAAAAGACUUCUGAGGAAAUCCUGAUUGAUACACAAAAGCUGCUUGUUCUGGUGCAUUGUAAAGUCCUGCCAUUACUUGUCAUAAGAUAUCAGUUCUGGAAGACACCCUCUUCCUCCUGAAAGAGUUAGGCAAGUUCACUGAAUGUUGGGUCAGGUGUAUGAAGUAGGUCAAUAAAAUGCAUACUUACAUUCUUAUUGUAGCUAAUCUAAGAUAAGAGAGCAUGUUUGAUGUAGCCAUUUAUGCAAUGGUUAUAUUUGUGAAUGAAAACUGAUAUGUAGCUUGGAAAUGUAUAUUUGUGAGAAACAAAUAAAUUCUUCUUGAUUUGAUAUUAGA